AGUCAAGCAAACCGGCAGCGAUCACUGUGACAGAGGAGUGGAGAAAAGUGAACACCGGAGAGAUGAUCUGGAUUGUUCCUGUGCUGGUUCUGCUCUGUUUGCUCUUCACACACCGUUGGAGAUACAGCAAAGAGCCACCUCUUGAAAGGGGAAUAAUCCCAUGGUUGGGUCAUGCACUUGAGUUUGGAAAAGAUGCAUCCAAGUUCAUUACUCGAAUGAAGCUGAAAAAUGGCAACAUAUUCACUGUGCAUGCUGCAGGCCGCUACGUGACCCUGUUGCUGGAUCCACAUUCUUAUGACGAAAUCAUCAAUGAUCCAGAUUCUCUGGAUUUUGGGCGCUACGCCCAAGUGCUAAUGGAGCGUAUUUUUAACCUGCACCUCCCACUUUACCAGCCAGAGAAAGCCAAGGCCAUGAUGAAAAGGCACUUCAUGGGAUCGAGUUUGUCAACACUUAACAGCAGCAUGAAUCGAAAUAUGGAGAUUCUGCUGAAAAGCGAGAUGCCACACAACCAGAGGAACUGGAAGCAGGAGGGCUUGUUUCACCUUUCCUACAGCUUACUCUUUAAGGCAGGAUACCUGACGCUGUUUGAAGGAGAGCAGAACAACAACUGUACAGAUCCUUCAAGAGUUUAUGAGGAAUACAAGAAGUUUGAUGGCCUCUUGUGUGGUCUGGCAAGAGGGAGUCUGAGAAAAGAGGCGAAGGCGACUGCUUAUGCCUUACAAAGAAAGCUCUGGGAGCUCCUGGCUCCAGCAGGUCUGGGGAAGAGCUCCGGGUCAAGCCCUUGGCUCCACGCCUACAGACGGCUUCUUCAAGAUGAUGGAGUGGAUGAGGAAACACAGAGAAGGGCCGUGCUGAUGCAACUCUGGGCCACACAGGGUAAUGUGGGUCCAGCUGCAUUUUGGCUUCUGGGCUAUUUGUUGACAAACCCUGAAGCCCUGAUGGCAGUGAAGAGGGAGUUUGGCCAGAUCUCACAGAUGGAGAGUUCAGGGACUCCUCUCCUGGACAAAACCAUGAAGACCCCAGUGUUUGAUAGUGUCUUGGAAGAAACUCUUAGACUCACUGCUGCCCCGUUUAUAACAAGAGAGGUUGUUCGGGAGAAGACUCUUCACAUGGCUGAUGGCCGGGAUUACCUGCUAAGAAAAGGAGACAGGGUGUGUUUGUUCCCUUUUGUCAGCCCUCAGAUGGACCCAGAGAUCCAUCCUGAGCCACAGAAAUUCAAGUUUGACCGCUUCCUGAAUAAAGAUGGAUCAGUAAAAAAGGACUUUUACAAAGAUGGGAAGAAGCUAAAAUAUUACACCAUGCCAUGGGGCGCAGGGGCCAACGGUUGUGUAGGACGGCAGUUUGCCAUCAAUACCAUCAGACAAUUUGCUUACAUGUUGCUGACCAACUACGAUCUGGAGCUCUGUGAUCCGAAUGCUCAGAUUCCGAAAGCAGAUGUCACCCGUUAUGGAUUUGGGAUGUUGCAGCCUGUGGGAGACUUGCUUGUUAGAUAUAAACCAAAAGAAGCAUGAUCAUUUUCAUUGAUCUUUUUUUUUGUUUCAUUGUUAAUAUUGUACAUAACUUUUUAUACAUCUGUAUUUAUUUUUUGGUAUAAGAACAUUGUUUUUUUAUUUAUCAAUAA